AUGACGGAUUACUGCCCUGUUUACGCGCCCUUCUUCGGUGCCAUGGGCUGCACCGCCGCCAUCGUCUUCACCUGCCUGGGCGCGUCCUACGGCACGGCGAAGUCUGGCGUGGGUAUCGCCGCCAUGGGUGUGCUGCGGCCUGACCUCAUCGUCAAGAACAUUGUCCCCGUCAUCAUGGCUGGUAUCAUUGGUAUCUACGGCCUGGUCGUGUCCGUCUUAAUUUCCGACGGCCUCACACAAGACGGUUAUGCGCUUUACACUGGUUUCAUUCAGCUCGGUGCUGGUCUCGCCGUCGGUCUGGCCGGUAUGGCUGCCGGCUUUGCCAUCGGUAUUGUUGGUGAUGCCGGUGUGCGUGGGACUGCCCAGCAGCCCAGGCUGUUCGUCGGCAUGAUUCUGAUUCUCAUUUUCGCCGAAGUCUUGGGUCUGUACGGCCUCAUUGUCGCGCUGCUCAUGAACUCCAAGGCCACCCUCAACAUCUCCUGCUCAUAA